AUGAGCCACAAAUCGCCAAAUGCCCUGAAUGCAAUUGAGAACUUCUCCUCAACACUUCUACAUCAACUCUCGACGCUUCGUAAUCAAACACAACACUUUACAAACAUCGAUCCAUCCUCAUCGAGAAUGUCCUCAAAUAAGAGAAAAGCAUCUCCAGACGCAGAAGACCCUGAAGCUUCUUCUUCUUAUGGUCAUGCUACCACUUCUGAAACCAAAGACACAAAAUCAAGCAUACAGCAAGGUCCAACAAAGCGAGCAUGCUCACACAGUGUAAUCUCCAAACCCAACGAGGAUUUUAAUAAGGCUGCAGAAAACAAAACAGAGUCCGCUUAUCACGACGCUUCAACUAAAUCUCGACAACCUACUACACACGCUCCCAGCCUCACCCGCUCCGAUAUCGUCGCAGCAAAAGCCAACAAGCAAAAGAUCAGCUUAGAAGCAUGGGACAAAGCAAUCGAGACCAACAAGAAGACCGCCGCUCUCGCCGCAACGCACCGUCUCCGCGAAGCCGAAAACUACCGUCGCAAUAAACUUCUACCCAUGCUACCCGACGACAAAACACAUCUCUAUACAACAUUUUCUCCCAGCGACUGGAUUUGUCGCCAGAUGUGGACCUCGCAAUCGCAGGAGAUUGGAGUUGCGCUCAAUGUGUUCUUUAGGAGUCACUUCGAUGGCAACGUCGAGUUUCGCAUCUGGCCUGAGCCGAGGGAUUGGGAUUUGUUUGAGAAGUAUCCAAGGGUCGGAAGGAAGAACUUGGUGAGAGCGAGAGAGUUUGUGGUUUUUUGGUUGUGGGAUUAUCGUGAGAGGAUUUGGCAGUAUACGUCGAACAAGGCUUCUUUGAAAAGUUGCUUGGAGAUGUUUGUUCAUGGGGAGGAUGAGCAGAGAUAUCAGGACUUUCUUGCUAGACCGAUGUAG